CCCACCCCUUCCUUCUCCACACAAACCAAUCCUCCUCUCCGCCGGCGGCAAUGGAUCUCUUCGGUGGGGCUGGUGGCGGCGUGAUGCUGUCAGAUAUGUACCAGAGCACGGGGCCGUUGCAGGGCAGGGGAGAAGCAAAGCAGGGCAGCGGAGCCGCUGCGGCCCAGCACCGGUGGCCUCCCCCUGCUCUCGUGUCGCGCAGCCCCUCUAAGACCGCUUCCCCAUCCACGACGUCGAGCUGGGAGGUAGCCUCCUUCUCCAUGCUCGCGCGCUCGCUCCUGUAGAGGAGCCACCCUGCUUCUUCUCCACACGGCGCUGGUGGUGGGGUCUGGCCAGCGACGCCAAGAUCUGCUGCGGCGCGAUGCCGACGUGGUCCAAGAAGAAGAACACUGAGAUGGUGCUCGUCAACGCGGAGAAGAAGGGCUCCGAGAUGGCGCUCGUGGAGGCCGAGAAGAAGGGCUACGAGAUGGCGCUCGUCGACGCCGAGAAGGAUCUCAUGGUGGCCGUAAAGAACUCCGAGGAGACACUCGUGGUGGGCGAGAAGAACUCCAAGAAGGCGCUCGUGGAGCCCGAUUGGGAUCAGCUCCUCCAAGAUCUCAUGGCGAGGCUCUCUUUCGCGCCCAAGAAGGAUCCCGUGGUUGCAGAUGAGGAGCUGUCCAUGAGGGACCUUGAGCUGACCGUGGAGGAGCUCGACCUGCUCCAGCAAGCAGCGAUCGACCUUGCUUCUCUCAAGACCAAAGAGGCGGGGGAGUUCGCCUCUGCGGCUGCGUGCUUUAAGUCCACCAAGGAGUCAUCUUCCAUCCACGAGCCUGAGCCCACCAAGGAGCCGAUUUCCACCGGCGAUCUUGAUUAUAUUCUGUCCAAGCUGCUUUGGCCAAUGGAGGUGUUACUCAAGUCCGCAUUGUCCGGAUUUGGCUAUCUCUCUCUCUCUCUCGGUUUCUCUGUCUCAAUCUCAUACAGGAGGUGGAGCUAGCCCUGCACGGAUCUGCUAUCCCUGCACACACCAUCAAGAUCAUGAUGUACCAGCUCUGCAAGGGCGUUGCUUUCUGCCACGGACACGGUGUCCGGCACCAUGACCUCGAGCCACACAACCUGCUCAUGGGUGGAUGGGCAGGUAUCCUAUGGUGCCUCCCCCACGCCCGAGGUCCUCCGCUCCGCAAGAUCCGGCCUCCUCCUCGGUCCUGCCCGACACGCUCGACCGGGGCUACUCCACGCCCAAGUAGGAGUGGUGUUGCACUAAAACAGGGAGUACAAAUCUCCACCUUUGCAUGCUUAGUUAACUUCUGAAAAGAUAUGGCAGUAGUACUUGUAUCUCUGCAUGUUUGAGCACUCGAGGAGUACUUCAAAAUGGAGUAGCUUAAUUCACUGAAUUUGGUUGUAGUACUAGUUGAUUCACUGAAAAGAUUUAGUAAUGAGUUGAAAAUGUGAUGAUUUAGCUCACUUUCUUAAUGUGAUGCUGCCGCUAUACACCAUAAAUUACUGAACAUUUGUUAACACUCCUAAAAUGCAGUAUUUGCUCCUGGAGUAUUUAGAGAUUCAGUUUCCUACUCCAAAUUUGUUGCUGGAGUAUUUGCAUCUUCCUACUGUCAACAUUGAUGCUUUCUUCAAAUUUAUGAGAAAGAUGUUCUGUUUUUGCUUCAUGUUCCAUCUAUAGAUGGAUUAUUUGUACUGCAUGAGCUGAUGGAGUAGAUGGAUGUUUACUCCUACAAACUGUAUCAAAUAAACUACUCCAUGUCAAAUAAACUAUUCCAUGUCAAAUAAACCUUGCUAUGUGAAUCUUUUCAUUAAUUAAAUUUGUACUGCUUGGAGUAGCCUGCUUGGAGUACUUCUUUUCAUGGAGCUGCUUGCAGUAAUUUCUGAUUUGCAGUCAGAUUAGCUUGGAGCAGUAGCAUUGCUUGCUCUGCUAUUCUCUUCUCUUCUCUUCUUUUAAUUAAAAUUAACUAAACCUUUUCCUUUAGUAAAAUUAGGUAAAACUUUCCUAGUUAAUUAAAAUUAACUGAAACUAUUCCUUUAAUGCUUGCAUAAACUUUUUUAAAGAUGAAUUGGAGUACUCCUUUAAUGAAGGUUUUGUGUAGUCUAUUGCUUGCAUCAGUACUUUUAAAAAUAAAUGAAUUAUUUCAUUUAAGUGUACUCUGGACAGCAGUAGUAUAGCACUUGCUGCUGCUGUUAAGCUUGCAUCAGUACUGGUUGCAGUAGUUUAGUGUAGGACAACAGUAGUAUAGGACUUGUUGCUGUUAAGUUUUUCUUUCUCUUCUCUCUUCUCUUCUCUGUGUCUGCUGGAGUAAAAUUUUCCAGUAUACUCCUAGGAGUAAAAUUUCUAUGCUGGAGUAGGAAUUGCUCUCAGGAGUAGCAGUAGUGAUUUGUUUAACUGCAGCAACAACAGCAGUGCAUAUCAAUUUAUCAUGCUAACAACAGUAGUGCACAACCAAUUUGGAACUGAAGCAUAUCAAUACAGUAGUGCACAAAGUUCAUCAAACAUCAUGCAAGUUCGAUGCAUAUCAAUUUAUCAUGCUGACAACAGAAGCAUGUGGACCUAUCAUCGCGAUUUUGUAUUUCAGUUUGUGGUAAUCUAAUGAUGUUUGAUGUCUAUUGGUUGCUGUAUAUGGUUAAGAUGAAUUGAAUCCUGUUGUUUUCUUUUUUAUGUACACACAUGCAGAUGGUUGACACUCAUGAAUAGCAAGCAACCAUACUAGUUACUACCUAGGUGUUCUAGAGAUUGUUGUAUUAUUUAUGUUCUUUUUACUCCCAGAAUUAUUAUGCGUUCAUACUGUCAUCACAUUGCCUGUUUUUCUUGCUGCAUACAUGUAUCUCAAGCAUUGUGUUGUAUUAUUUAUGUUCUUUUUACUCCCAGAAUUAUUGUGCGCCCAUACUGUCAUCACAUUGCCUGUCUUUCUUGCUGCAUACAUGUAUCUCAAGCAUUGUACUUCUGUGUUUGCUUAGGCGGAUAACUACUAAGUGAUUACAAUUAAUGUGUACUUGUGAAUUCUAAGCUUAUAUUGGUGUCUCACGAUCACUUGAAUCUAAUCUUAUCAUGUUCUAGUUAUUAUUUGCUUCUGUUGCUUCUAUAUACACAUGUAUGUAUGUUUAGCUAUUCACAUGUAUGUAUGUUUAGUUAUUCGACAUGCUUCUGAAAUUGACUGUGGUUUUAGACCGGAACACUAUGCUUGUUCAAAGAGUGUCCAUGUUGUGUGAUAUAUGAUGUUGUUAUGUUGUGCAUCUCUCUUUUGUUGCGUGAUGCAUCAUUGUAGAUAUGCUUGAUAGAGUAAAUGAUUUCAGUUCUAGUUCUGGGUCCAAUGCAAACAUUACUGUUAACUGUCAAGUUGAUUCUAAAAUGUCUCAUUAAGUUCAUUUCAUAUGGUUAUUUCUAGAUUUAGUACCAAUUUAUUGUUGACCUGGCCUAUGCUCUGUACCUUGCUCUGUACCAAUUUAUUCCAUUAUUCUGUUAUUUACUGUUAAAUAUGUUGUUAGAUUUACUUUUAUUUUGUUCCUAAACAUUUUGUUCUAUAACAUGCAGAUGCUGGCCUUUCAUGUUUCUUUGCGAGUAUGAGGACAAAGAAGUCGGAGGAAGCAUAGUUCUAGCUCAUUGGAGCUAAUUCUGAUAGUAGUAUGAUGUAGCAGAACUUGGCUCAUGUGAUAGUACACUUGGUAGAGCUUGUUAUCUGAUUGUAUACUUGUAGAGCUUGUUAUUUGAUUGUAAUCUUGAUGUUGAUCACAUUUGUAUGUGUGUUGUAUGA